CCCGGUGCUCUGCGCAGGCGCGGUCGGCUCUGCCUCCACGGCUCCCAUCGCAGUGCACCCGGAGUGGAGCGGGGUCGAUCCGCCGCCGUCCACCUCGUCUCCGGAGCUGGGAGGGGGACGGGGCCUCUCUCCCUUGCGACUCUGCGAGCGAGCGCCGCUGAGCGCGGGCGGUGGCCGCGGCGGGUCCGGCAGUUUGCCUGUUUGUCUUUGGGCUGAAGCCCUAAGAGCAUGCUGGGUCGCACGCUGCACGAACCUGCCACUUUGCUAGGUAUCGCCACGUUUUCUUCCAGAAGAUUUGUCUCAUUCUGCAUUUCUAGAAAUUACAAUGCAGUUGUACUCUGUAAUUCGCUUAGACUGUCUUAGGAUGAAGCCUUUGCUAUGGCUAAUGACCCCUUGGAAGGCUUCCAUGAAGUGAAUCUUGCUUCACCUACUUCUCCGGACCUUCUUGGUGUGUGUGACCCAGGAACCCAAGAGCAGACGACCUCCCCGAGCGUCAUCUACCGGCCACACCCUUCGUCUUUAUGUUCUGCGCCUCUCCAGGCUAAUGCCUUAGAUCUUUCUGAUCUUCCCACACAGCCUGUGUACUCAUCCCCUAGGCGUUUAAACUGUGCGGAGAUUCCCAAUGUCAGCGUUCACGUUCCGGACCCCGCAUCGUCUGUGACGUCUGGAGUGACAGUGGGCCUCACGAAGCUGACGUCAAGGAAGGACAGCUGUAAUGCUGAGAGGGAGUUUUUGCAGGGUGCCACCGUCACAGAGGCUCCUGUUUGCAGCGAUGACAUCUUUGGGUUGAGUACGGAUAGCCUGUCACGUUUACGAAGCCCAUCUGUUCUGGAAGUUAGAGAGAAGGGCUAUGAAAGGUUGAAAGAAGAACUUGCGAAAGCCCAGAGGGAAUUGAAGUUAAAAGAUGAAGAAUGUGAGAGACUUUCGAAAGUGCGAGAUCAACUUGGGCAGGAGUUGGAAGAACUCACAGCUAGUUUAUUUGAGGAAGCUCACAAGAUGGUGAGAGAAGCGAACGUCAAGCAGGCCACGGCGGAGAAGCAGCUGAAGGAGGCUCAAGGGAAAAUCGAUGUACUUCAAGCUGAAGUGGCCGCCUUGAAGACACUCGUGCUGUCCAGCUCUCCCACGUCACCAACGCAGGAGCCUCUGGCGGCUGGAAAGACGCCUUUUAAAAGGGGACACUCGAGGAAUAAAAGUACGAGCAGUGCCAUGAGUGGCGGUCACCAGGACCUCAGUGUGAUACAGCCACUGGUGAAAGACUGCAAAGAGGCCGAUCUCUCUCUGUAUAAUGAGUUCAGAUCUUGGAAGGAUGAGCCCACGAUGGACAGAACGUGUCCUUUCUUAGACAAGAUCUACCAGGAAGAUAUCUUCCCAUGCUUAACGUUCGCAAAAAGUGAGUUGGCUUCGGCUGUUCUGGAGGCUGUGGAGAACAACACUCUAAGCAUUGAGCCAGUGGGGCUUCAGCCCAUUCGAUUCGUGAAAGCCUCAGCUGUAGAAUGUGGAGGACCAAAAAAAUGUGCUCUCACUGGCCAGAGUAAGUCCUGUAAGCACAGAAUUAAACUCGGGGACUCAAGCAACUAUUACUAUAUUUCUCCUUUUUGCAGAUACAGGAUCACUUCUGUGUGUAACUUUUUUACAUACAUUCGAUACAUCCAGCAGGGCCUUGUGAAACAGCAGGACGUUGAUCAGAUGUUUUGGGAAGUGAUGCAGCUGAGAAAGGAGAUGUCGUUGGCGAAGCUGGGAUAUUUCAAAGAGGAACUCUGACACCCUGCGUGGGGUCGUGCGUGAUCCUCCCUGGACAACUGAAGAAUGGCUGAACAUUUUUAUGGCUAAUAUUUAUUCCUGAGGACAAGGCCCAAGACUCCUGGUCUCUUGCAGAUUACACUAGGAAGUGCUGUGAUUUCUUUUAAAGAGACUGGGCUGUUCUUGCUUGUCCUUUAACGGACCACACUACGAGGAGUUGCAGUGUGCUGGUGAUGGCCUCAGCACUGCAAAGCAAACCACCAAAUAAAUACCAGACCGAGUGUGUGUCUCUUCCUUAGCUCUGACUUGGCUUGGAGAGUGCAGAAGGCAAUGGUAUUUCACAUUGUACUCCUCUGGGGAGCAAGGACGGAGCUGUGUGCACAGGGCUUACUGUGUGUCUAUAUGUGUGUUGACAUUCAAACACAAGGGUUUAUUUGCAGAAAGGUUUUUUGUUUUCCACCUGUGAGGUUUUUCUUUUAUUAAUUAAUUAGUUUUUUUUUUCCCAGCCUGUUGAGUUUUUCCUGUCCUCCCUGUCCCCCCCCCUCAUUUGCAGAAAGAUUUUACUGGGGUUCAAAGUUACUGUUAUUCAGCUCGCAGUGACCCAGUGAAUCCCUUUAUUGUCGUGGUAUGUCAAGUAGAAAAUGAAGAGCGGGGGCUCUUCCUCUGGAGGAGCAUCUGAGCAUCCUGAUGUAGGGGUUCACGUACGCAGUGAGCACUAUCAUGGAAUUAAAGGAAUAUUAAACAACAUCAUGCUCUAAAAAUGAUAUCUGCCAGUUCUGAGCAUCAUCUGAUCUCUAAGUUUUGACUAAAGCGGACAUGAAGACACUACUAACGAUUUCUACCAGUAAGAGAGGUUCCUGGUGGAGACAGUGUUGGGAUGCAAAGGAAAGACGAUCCCACGGCAUUGUCUCCAGUGAGAGCACAACCAGUCCUGGCUUUGAGAUGUUUCUUACUUCUGUAUGCACAGCUCCAAAACAUAAAGACCUCCUUGCUUUAUUGACUGUAUGUGUGGGAAUGUGUGUGUGUGUGCGCGCGCGCGCGCGUGCGCACGCGCAUGCGUGUAUGCGUAUGUAUGUGUGUGCGUUAGCAUCACACUCGUGCCUGGUGCACGGAGAGGUGAGACGAGGGAGUCAGACCUGGAAGUGGAGUUGCAGACAGUUGUGAGCUUGCCAGGUGCCCACUGGGAACUGAACUAAGGUUCUCCGCGAUAGAGUCUUGAGCCAUCUCUCCAGCCUUUCCUUCCUGCUUUGAAAAUGAAUAAAUUUUCCCUGUGAGUAAGCCUCCACAUAUUAAGUUUUUUACAGUUUAUGUAUUUAUGUGGGAGAGUGCCUGUGCCUGUGGAGGUCACAUGACAUCAUUUGGAGAUCUGUUCUCUCCUCCUGUGUGGUUUCUAGUGAUCAGACAAACUCAGGACAUCAAGCUUGGUGGCAGCACUUUUACCUGGUGGGCCGUCUCUCUGGUGCAGAUCUCCAUCCCCUCAUCACUGUGUGUUCAUUGGAAUUAAACAGUCUGUUUCUAGA